GGUCAUGUCCGGAUUGUGAACUCGUUUGCCUCUUCCCAUCCUCCUCCCCCUCGUCAUUCGUUGUUGUAACCAAAGGAUUAUUCGUUAUCCGAUCCUUCCCUCAAAUCCGGCCAUAACGGGCUCAAGGACUGGGUGCCCUGGCCUGGCUGGGCCCGUUUACCAGACAUCCUGGCAAUCACUAUGACGUUUUUCCAAUGGAAACGCUUCAACUUCUUUGAGAUCGCCAAAGACACGGACGGUGGAGCUAUCCAAGAUGUCUUGAAGGACAGCCGGGUGCUGUGCAGCACGGCGGGGCGUGGACUUAUCAUCUUGGGCGACUCCAACGGGUGUUUGCACUUUCUCAAUCGCCAUCUGGAGGCGCAAACUCUCUCCGCCUUUCCCCUAGAGGUGCUACUGGUCCAACAAGUCCGCCAAUCCGGACUGCUGUUGGCCUUGGGUCUUGAAGAACGUCACACCAACCCUGUGCUGCGCGUCUAUCACUUGGAUAUUCUGGACAAACUGGGGCAGCCGUCCUUGUUAAGACAUAGCCGGGUGGGUCUACCGCCACGGGUAUCCCAGCCCACCUGUUUGGCCGCCCACGAUAACCAAGCCCUUUUAGCCGUCGGAUUCCAGGAUGGCAUUCUCAUGCUCUAUCGGGGCGAGAUCACCCGAGAGCGCGGGACCAAAAGUAAGGUUCUCAUGGACGGGCAAGGUUCGUUGACCGGUUGCUUCUUUCGCAAUGUGGGCCCCCAAAUACUAUUGUACGUCACCACCAAGUCCGGAGUGUUCACGAUCGACGUCACCACCAAGGACAAGGAAUACAAGUCAACCCUUGACUCGAUUGGUUGUCCUCUCGGUACGGUUGUGGCCUCAGAUAACCUACCCGAAACACAUAUGGUUACUGCACGGGAUGACGGCGUGUAUUGUUACAAUCCCGAAGGUCGUGGCCAAUGCUACGCCUUCGAUGGGCGAAAAACAUUGGUCCAUUGGUUCCGGACGUAUUUGGUGGUGGUCACCGAAGACUCGACGCCUGCCAUGCGUCAAAGUGUGAACGUAAAGGAGCCCAUUCGCAAGCAGAUCCUCACCAUUUUCGACGUUCAAAAUAAGUUUGUUGCCUUCACGGCCCCCAUUAAGCCGGUGACGGCCUUGGUGUCGGACUGGGGCUUACUCUUUGCCUUGACGGAAGAUAAUCGUUUGUGCCAGUUGACCGAGAAGGAUAUUCAGACCAAGUUGGAUAUGUUGUUUCGGAAGAACUUUUACGACGUGGCUGUGAAGGUGGCCAAAUCUCAGCAUUACGAUGAAGAAGGACUGAUUGACAUCUUUCGACAGUAUGGAGAUCACCUGUACUCGAAGAAUGAUUUAACGGGUGCAGUCGAAAACUACUCCAAGACUAUUGGUCACUUGGAUCCUUCGUACGUGAUCAGAAAAUUCUUGGAUACGUCCAAGACAAUCUUCCUGACCGAAUAUCUUCAGGCCCUGCACUCUAAGAAUUUGGCCAAUGAAGACCACACCACUUUGUUACUGAAUUGCUACACCAAGCUGAAAGACAAGGCCAAAUUGGAUGAAUUCGUUUUGAAGGACCAAGAUAAUCUGGACUUUGAUGUGGACAUUGCCAUUCGCGUCUGUCGCCAAGCGGGAUAUCAUAAACACGCCAUUCAGUUAGCCAAACGCCAUCACCGUCACGAAUUGUACUUGAAGAUGCAGAUCGAGGACCUCGAAGAGUAUGGCGAAGCGCUCGAUCACAUUGCCGAUUUAGAUUUUCCUGAAGCCGAGCGAAGCAUGAAGCGGUACGGCAACUUCCUGAUGCGCCAUCUGCCCAGCGAAACCACCAGCCUUUUGCAGAUCCUUUGCACCGAUUAUCGACCCAAGAACCAAUGUAUGGUCACCGAAAGUAUGCUACAAGGUGCACCCGAUGGCUCGCCCACAGCCUCACCCGCUGAAAAUUUUAUUCACCUAUUUGUGCAGCAUUCUGAGAAGAUGGUGGAAUUUCUCGAGUACGUCCUGAAAUACCAAGCCAGAUUGGCGGGUGAAGGGGCCUAUAACACCCUGCUUGAGCAUUACCUUCAUCAAUACAGUCGCGCCUCGGAGAGCCAUGAGGUAGACAGGGCCAGUUUGUACGAAGAGCAGAUCCUUCGAAUUUUAAAAAGUGAAACUGCCGAUUAUGACCACGAUCAAGCUUUAAUUUUGUGCCAACUUCACUCCUGUCGACGCGGUCUUCUUCAACUAUACACGAAGAAGGAACUCUAUCACGAGAUCCUAAAGAACCAUGUGGAAUAUGGCGAAUUCUCUCAAGCCUUGCAGACAUGUCGGCAAUUCGGCUCGGAGCGCCCGGAGCUCUGGACGGAUGCAUUGAAGUACGUUGCUUCAGAUUGCGAGGUGGAUGCGAAGUUCGUCAAUGAGGUGCUCGAGACCAUUGAGCAAAAGAAACUAAUGUCACCCUUGAUGGUGAUCAAGCAAUUAUCUAACUCACCUCGAGCCACUUUGGGAAUGGUGCGAGAGUUCCUUCUUCGAGUCGUCCAAGCUGAAGACGCUCAAUUGUCUCAGGAUAAGGUUGUGGUCGAGCAAUAUCGAGACGACAGUGUUAAAUUACGCCAUAAGUUGGAAGGUCUUCAAACCAAGGCCACCGUGUUUCAAGCCUCCACGUGCAGUGCUUGUUCGCAUCCCUUGGAGCUUCCUAGCGUGCAUUUCUUGUGCGAGCAUUCCUACCAUCAGCAUUGUUUUCAAUCCUACUCAGAGACCGAAACAGAUUGUCCUUCGUGCUACCCCGAGAAUAAAAAGGUCUUGGACAUAAUCAAGUCCCAGGAAAAGAGCCGAGAUCAACACGACUUGUUUCACCAUCAGUUGAACAACGCCGACGAUAGUUUCUCGGUGAUCGCGGAAUACUUUGGACGGGGCGUUUUUCGCCCUACCGUGACCCUAGAAAAUGAGACAUCCAUUCCACCCGUCCCUCAGAUUCCUCAGAAUGAGAGGGUUUCCACGGUCAUAGCCAGUGAGGCUCGUCAGAGGAUCAAUGAAGGUGUUCGGUCCACAGACUCGAAGCGAGCCUUGCAAUCAGAAGGGCGUCUUCGCUCAGAGGAUAAAUCUAUGGUGAAAGAUCCAGCAUUGCGGCAGACGGAGGGUCAGCUGAGAAGAAACCAAGGAUCCAGUGCUCAAAGAGGCAUUCCGACCUCGGAUGCACGAUUACGACAAGCAGAGGGAGGACGAACAACAUCCACUUUGUUUGGCGCUUGGUCGGGUUCGCCUAAAGUGACGAAAAGCAAGACUCCCUCGCCCAAAAAUAUUUCAGGGACAUCGAAAAACCCAUUUGGCAACGCGAGUGACGACGAGGACCUCGGAGCAGGGAAUCCGUUCUCGGAGAGCAACAUUCCAUCCAGUGCAUCCUCGAAAAAUCCAUUUGGCGAUCCGGAUUACGAUGAGGGCCUUAAUCCCUUUGGUACUAGUUAAGACAGGAAAUGGCAGGGAAGCACGCUUCGCUCAGAUCAGUUUGGAUUUACUCAAGGGGAUUUCGAUCAAUUGCGAGAAUAAAACAUUUCUGAUGAUUUUGCAUUUCAA